UCUUCUUAUUAUCUUUGGAAAUUUUGGCAGGUCGAUGUGAAGUCAAGGUCCACCAGUGUUUAAUUAUUCAACUGGCUGGUUGUUAUGGUGUGAACAACGUUAUUUCAAAAUAUAGUAUAGUAGUUAACCUUUGUAUAAAUCCGGGGAAGGUGCGGUUUGGUGGUGAGGCCAGCAAGCUGUAUUCUUUAGAAUUUUUUAGUAUGGUGUUUUACCCUGAUCAAGAGCUAGACAAAUCAAUCCAUAGGGUAGAAUAGCAAAGUACCCCCUGCUAUCAUUCUUUCCAGACACCCUUUUUCUCUACCUCCCUAUACUUGAGUUAUUCUCAGUCACUGAGCAAGAGGAGAGAGGACAAGAAAAGAAGUAGAAGAACGUGUGGGCUUUAUCCAAUACAGUGCCAAUAAAGCUGAGGCCGUUGCAUUAAUUUAGUAAUGGGGGAAAGCUUUAUCAGGAUUUCGGUACUUCUGUGGGCCGACAUACUAGUGGGAUUCGCAUUAUUUGUGAUGCAAAACUAUCUUACUGAUGUUUGGAAAUUAAGCUUUACUCAUGCUGCUGGAAUAUUGAAUAUUUGGAAUGGAAUUAAUAUGAUCCUGCCUGUCUUCUUUCUGUUCUUGGUUGAUGUGGUGCUGGGGAAUUUCGGAAUGCUCUUGAUUUCUAGCAUAGCCUACUCCCUAGGCAUUGGAUUUGUUGCAAUGUCAACGCCGCCGGUGCUUGCCAAUUCCACAGGCACCUGCAAAGAAUACGAACCCAAAUGCAUUGGCCAUACGCAGAAGACUCUAUUCUACACAGGCAUGGCAUUGAUAGUUGUUGGAAUGGCUGGUAAUCUUGUCUCCGUGCGUCCUUUCCUCGAGGAACAGAAGAAACCGUCUGAGGAUGGGGACCUCGACGAGCAAAAUCCGCCGUCUGGGAAUGGUGACAUUGACGAGCAAAAGAAGCAGGCUGAGAGGGACCGUGCCAGGAAGGCUUCUUCUCCCCUAAGAGAUUUCCUGAAAUUACCCACUUUCACAGUGAUGGUGAUCAUACCUAUAGCUGGAGCCAUUGCACUUCCAUACAUAAAUCCAUGGACCCUUCGGUUCGGAAUCCCUGCAAUCUGCACUGCUGUUGCAACGUUUCUUUUCUUGACUGGUUUAUGUUGGCUCCCAUACGAGAAAAGAGAACCGAGGGGAAGCCCUAUCACUAAUAUAUUCAGGGUGUUUGUGGCCUCUGUUUCCAAGAUAUGCCAGUCGUAUCCACGAAAUGCGAACCUAUACUUGAAAGAUGAUCAGGGUCCUCAGAGCUUCAGACAAACUCGUUUUCUCAGGUGCCUGGAGAAGGCUGCCAUCACAAAGGAUGGCACGACCAAAGAAGAGCAACAACAAGCGAGGACUAGAUGGAGACUGUGUUCAAUAUCAGAAGUUGAAGAGGCCAAAAUAGCUGUUCGGAUGAUUCCCAUGUGGCUGACCUUCAUAAUCUGCGGGAUAGUGUCAUCCUUCGGAAACACAUACUUUGUGGAACAGGCAAAUCACCUGGACCGCCAUAUCGGAAAGUGGAAUGUUCCUAUUCAAGCACUUCUUUUGUUCUCCCAGUGGUCGAAAUCUUUACUUUCAACAGCAGCAUCCUGUUUGGUUAAGAAACAUACAACAUAUGGGCCGGCAUUUGGGAUUGGAACAGCAAUGGUGUUCUCAAUUCUAUGUUGCAUAACUGCUGCAAGAACCGAACAGCGCAGGCUGCAUACUAUCGGAAAGCACAACUUAUGGGACAAGCCUGAGGAUGACAUUCCAAUGAGUAUAUACUGGCUGCUCUUCCAGUUCUUCCUUCUGGCUGGCCUGGAUUCUUACUUUGAAAAGAGUGUUAAAGCCUUCUACGACUAUCAGUCUCCUGACUCAAUGAAGCCUUACUUGAUGUAUUUGAGCAAGGCAGUGUUUGGUCUGGGAUUUAUUUUCAAUGUUCUGUCGGUUUACGUGGUUGGAAAGAUAAGUGAGAAGGGAGGGAAACGCAACUGGUUUCAGUUCAGCCUGAACAACAGUCGCCUGGAUCGGUAUUACUGGGUGCUGGCUACUCUAAGUGCUGUGAAUCUGUUGGUUUUUGCUGUGGUGGCUUGUUGCUACAGAUACAAGAACUUGGAAGCUGGGAGUGAUGAAGGGGGAGACGUAGAGAUAGAUGCUGUCCCCAGUGGAGAGGCCGAGGAAAAACAGUAUUGUUCAUUCUGUUGUUGAAAAUUUUUCUGUUGAAGUCUUUGCUUCUGUGUUUGGGCAUAGCAUAGGCCAGGUUUUGUUGGAGUAUCUUGUGUGAAUGUAUGUCCAUCUAUGCUAUUGCUGUUAGCAUAAUAUGAAUAACUGAGGUUGCAGUAGCCAUCUUUGAAGACCAUAUGAAUUAUCCUCUCCUCUGUUAUUUGUAAUUAUAGUUUUUAUAUUAGAAAGAAAACAACUUGUCUAUGUC